CUGUUAGAUCCAAGUUUUGAUCUUUUCAAUGUUUGGUUUUGGUUCUAGAAAUCUGGCACUUUGAAUUUUUGUCAUCUUAGGAUGGAAUGUCCAGGAAUCAGCUACCUCUUCUCUCUAGCCCCUCUCCUUCUUUGUUGAUAACGUACUGUCGAGCAAUGAAUAUGUGGGACAUUUCUGUCAGAGUACAGAUGAAUUCCAAUAUUCUGCGGUGGGUUGGAUAUUAAGUAUGGAGAAUUAUGAUGUGCAGGUUGAACUGAAUUGCAAUUGAAAUCCAACAUGUUCCGCCUUAGAAAGCAAACCCAGAAUCAAGUGGAGAAUGAUCCAUCGUACAAAGAUGCAAAGGUGGCUGAACUGAGGGCUGCUCUGGGGCCACUAUCCGGGCGAAGUCUAAAGUAUUGCACGGACGCAUGUCUAAGGAGAUACUUAGAAGCCAGAAACUGGAACCUUGAGAAAGCCAAGAAAAUGUUGGGAGAAACACUCAAAUGGAGAUCCACUUAUAAGCCUGAGGAAAUCCGUUGGCCUGAAGUGGCACAUGAGGGCGAGACAGGAAAAGUUUCAAGAGCGAAUUUUCACGAUCGUUCUGGAAGAACUGUGCUUAUAAUGAGGCCAGGAAUGCAGAACACAGCGUGCCCAGAAGAUAAUAUCAGGCAUCUAGUGUACCUCAUGGAAAAUGCUAUCCUCAAUCUCCCGGCAAGUCAAGAGCAGAUGUCAUGGCUGAUAGACUUCACUGGAUUUUCACUCAACACUAACGUCUCUGUCAAAACAGCUCGUGAUAUCAUUUACAUCUUACAAAAUCACUAUCCUGAAAGGCUUGGUAUUGCUUUUCUCUAUAGCCCACCAAGGAUAUUUCAAGCUUUUUGGAAGGCUGUGAGAUACUUCUUGGAUCCCAAGACGUCCCAGAAGGUAAAGUUUGUUUAUCCCAAGGACAAGGAGAGCGAAGAGAUGAUGAAAUCACUGUUUGAUGUGGAAAAUCUCCCCAACGAGUUUGGAGGAAAAGCAACAUUGAAGUAUGAUCAUGAAGAAUUUUCAAGGAUGAUGAUAGAAGAUGAUGUAAAAACUGCUAAAUUCUGGGGAGUUGAUGACAACCCAUUCCGCACUAAGAAUGACCAUUCUAGUACAGAGGUAGUGCCGGAACCAGUGAGCACUUGAGAGAGUACCAUGUUGAUUAUUAAUAAGGUGAAGAAGCACCAGUUUGUUUCUGUUGAUUGCUAACUGGAAACCUGAGGCAUUUAUUACUGUAAACUUGUGUAUUAUCCUCAGCUUGCACUCACCUCUACCUGAUAUCCUUUCAAAAUUACCCUCCUAGUAUUACUGAACUUGUACCGAUUUC